AUGUCAGACAUCGAUAGCAGAUCCGACACGACGGACGACGACCUCUCCCCGUCUCUCGCCACUACGCAAUCAUACGCUUCGGUCCCAUCCUUGCGACCGACCAUGGACAAAGCUACAAUCAACCCAACCUCUACACACCUAGGUCAAAUCAAUGCUGCUCGACGGGGCGUUGGCACCUCUGCUCGCCCUCCGGCUUCGAUGAGCGGCGCACAACCGGGAGGACUGAAUCAAGACAUUCUGGCUAAAAUGAAAGCCUUCUCCUUAUCUCGACAAGGAGCACCGCCGAGUCUGACGCAUGCCAACACGACGCAUAUUGUGCCCAAAGCCUCUCCACCAUCCACAUCCACUGCCAGCCCCGUCUCAUCUCCGCCUUCCGUCACGAAUGGAUCUCUAGGUGGUGCUUUUGCGGGCCGCCUGCCUCCUGGGGCGGUCCGGCCGGGCACCAAGAAUUGGGUUUCAUCUCCCUCGGUCCCUCAUGGCUCGCCUACUCUGAACACACCGAAACCCGGUGGUCUGGCAGCCAAACGCAUGAAGCCUGGCCUGAAGCUCUCCGAUGCCACUGGUUCUAACAGCCCCGUGGCAGACGGACAGUCUAAUGGUGAGUCUGGAAAACCGGAGACGGCGUUCAGCAAGUAUUCCGAAUUCAUCGACACGAAGGCAGGGACGCUCAACUUCAAGAACAAAGCGAUCCUUCACGGUGGUGGAAUUGAGUUCUCGUCAGGCCACAGCUUCAGCAUAUCGUUGGAUGAAGUGGAUCGCCUGGAUGAACUUGGUAAGGGUAAUUAUGGUACUGUUUAUAAAGUCCGACACAGUCGGCCGCACAUGCGCAAGCCUGGCUUAGGGCUGCGAGGAAUUGUUAGUCGUCCGACUGAGCAGAAUGGUGCGGGAACCUCACAAGAUUCGCUCUCUGGGGUUGUCAUGGCGAUGAAAGAGAUCCGUCUAGAGCUGGACGAGAGCAAGUUCGCACAAAUCAUCAUGGAGCUGGAUAUUCUCCAUCGGUGUGUCUCGCCUUUCAUUAUCGACUUCUACGGCGCUUUCUUCCAGGAAGGAGCGGUAUAUAUUUGCGUCGAAUAUAUGGACGGUGGUUCGAUCGAUAAAAUCUACAAGGAGGGUAUUCCGGAGAACAUUCUCCGGAAGGUCGCUUUGUCCACGGUCAUGGGACUGAGGACACUCAAGGAGGACCAUAACAUCAUCCAUCGCGAUGUAAAGCCUACGAAUAUUCUUAUCAAUUCGCGCGGACAGAUCAAGAUCUGUGAUUUUGGUGUCAGCGGAAACCUCGUGGCCAGUAUUGCCAAGACCAACAUCGGAUGCCAGAGUUACAUGGCCCCCGAGCGCAUUGCUGGCGGUGGCGUUCAACAGUCUGGUGCUAGCGGAGGUGGAACCUACAGUGUCCAGAGUGAUGUGUGGAGCUUGGGUCUUUCUAUCAUCGAGUGUGCCAUCGGCCGCUACCCUUACCCUCCAGAGACAUUCAACAACAUCUUCAGUCAAUUACACGCGAUCGUGCACGGAGAUGCACCCACCCUCCCCGAAACUGGAUACUCGGAAGAAGCGCAUGCUUUUGUCCGCGCUUGUCUGGAUAAGAAUCCGAACAACCGCCCCUCAUACACUAUGUUGCUCCGACACCCUUGGCUGUCCUCGCUCAUGCAACCCCUGAGUGAAUCGGAUGGUGCGGCUGAGGCGGGUACACCUUUGGUCGGUGGUACCGGGCCUGAGGGUUCACUUUCGACCGAGGAUCCUGAAGUGGCAGAGUGGGUCAAGGAGAGACUCGAGCGUCGUGAGAAGGGGCUUCUCCUCGAAGUCGACAAGCCCGCACUUCACGCUGUCGCUCUCGAUGCAGUUCCAGGCAGCCCUUUGCUGGAUGAUCCGUCCUCAAUGUAUCACCAAAGCUGA